AUGCUCGGUAGAUUAUUCAAACAUAAUCCUCCUACUCAGAUACAUACUCCACAAAUCACAUCCCUGGCAUCCCCACCAAUAACAACUCCAUUUGAAGAUUCGCACUCGAGGGAAAUUUUUUAUGGCACAUGUAAUGCUAAUCUGUUGAAACCGUUUCAAUUUAAUAGCAAAUACUUUAGAAUCAUUAUAUCACAAGAUGGAGGCAAUCUACGGUCAAAGGAAAUUCUAUUUGACACUGCUUUUGAACUGACACAGCAAACCACGUCACCAAAUUUUCAGUCGCCUUCACAACACCAGGAACUGAGGCGUAGCACGUUGCUGAAAAAGCUGACCAACCUGCGAAUCUAUCAUAACACCACUGAAUUGAAUGAUUUGUCAUUUGGAUGUGGACUACCUACUAAUGAAGUUCAAACAAUAACUAAAUUGCAUACAUUGCCCCCAAUCACCAACUCAUCGACCCCAUACCAUGCGGUAUUGAUAACACGACUAUUUUCAAUAAGUGAUGCAGAAGUUUCGACGCCUGAUGCCACUUUUCAACAAGGUAGUGGCGAUUGGAAGCCUAAAUCAGCAACAACGACAAAGGAAUCAAGAGUGAAGCUUAAUGAUUUGAAGAUCAAUAGCAGAUUUUCGAUUGGAGUAGUAAUACCUUUAGAAUGCGGCAAUUUUGUUCAUGAAGACAUUAUUAAUGAAUGGAGUGAGAUAUCGCAUUAUUUAACCUUGUUGCAAAAGGCAGUGUAUCGAAAGUUGGUGUUGCAGUUGAAUAUGGUAAUUGACAAUGGUAAUGGAUGUGAAUAUUUGGUCAAGAAGAGGUUACAGUUCCCCCAUUAUAUUUUGCAAAACGAUUUCGAACUACAUGCACAAUUGGGGAAAUUGGUGAAGUUGAUACAUUACGAUAACAAUACCCCAAGAUUAAUAGACACAAACUAUUUGAUGAAAUUAAACAAGACAAGCUAUAAUUCAAGUUUAAUGAAUUGGAUCUUGGAAACUUUGAACUGGCUCGAGUUUAAGGAUGGAAAAUCUAAUUUGUCUUUUGCCAAUAAUAACAUUGACAAGAAUCCUUCAUUUCUUGCUACUUUGAUGUCAUUAUUGAUACGGCACCGGAAAUCAUUAGGUCUGAGACCGUAUUAUAACAAUUCAUGUGAUACCCGCGAAGUGACACGAGUGGUUGUAAUGACGGGAAACCCAGCUGUGGCCAAGCGAUUGAUUUUCAUUUUGAAUGGAUUGAUUGCUAAUACCGAGUCUGUCAAAUGUGGUGAUACAAGCCAAUAUAUAUACAACACUCUUCAUCACAAUGGUGGUGGUGUUGGUGAUGUCUCACGUAGUGACGUCUCUCAUGGCGAUGAUAAUCACGAAGAUGAAAAGUAUUCUACUGACGAUGACUGGAAUUCACCAUCAACAUUGACUAAUAGCAUAGUAACUGAACAGGCGAAUCUGAAUGGACAUCUGCAUGAAAUAUCACGCGUACAGCCAUCUGCCGUCAGCAUCCCCAUCAAUAGACCUAAAUCGUCACAAACACCAGUCGUGGGUAUUCCUAUAAAUACGCCAACAACAUCACAGGCAUCAUCAUCACUAUCGAAAUCAGCAUCGUUGGCUCAACUUUCAACUUCAUUAAAUUCAUCAUACUCCUCGUUACAAUCAAACUAUUCUUUGUCCAAAUUUGGCGGAAGUGGUUCAUUUAUGGAAAAGUGGAAAAACUCAUUUAGCAAUCAACUGCAUACAUCCAACAACAUGGGAGGAUAUUUUGAUGAACCUCCCAGCUUAGGAAUGAGAAAAUCGUCACACCAGUCAUUACGAACGCCGUCACCAGCAUUUGAACAUGACGAUUUCAACUGGCAGUCGUCAAGUUAUACCAAUUCAAUUGUAUCGCCAAUGUCAAUGACGCCCAGUAAAAUGUCUCGCACUCAGUCAUUGUAUGAUUUGUAUGAUUUGAAUAUGAAUUCGAUGAGUGAGGAACAAUUGUCGGACUCGUCUCACUCGUCAUCAUCGUCAACAGAGAAUCAUAGCUCUCAGGCGAAUCAUAAUAAUAGCCACAGCCAGAACAAUAAUGGCAACGGCAGUGUGUUUGAAGUGAAACGAUCAAAGACGAGUGUUUUCACUCCAUUUGUGAGUGAUCGACUUGUCAAAAAUAUUGCUGAGUACAAUCGAUCUACAAUUCAGGCCAAAUGUAAACAAGUUAUGGAGAGUAAACCCAAAUGCAAAAAAUUGGACAGUGUACUUGAAGUGGAUUAUAGUCGUCGAUGCAGUGGAAAUAGAUCCGAACCAUUAUCUACUGGUGAUGAUGCCAAUCCAUCAAAUCCAACUAUUUUCAAACACAAUAUUCUACUACCGUGUGUUGGGUAUUGUGAUGAAUAUCGGCCAGAGUUUAUUCUUCAAUCAUGUCCCAUAAACCCAAAACUAGAGCAACAAGUUAUGAGCUCAAUGAAAAAUGAUUUAAUUUAUUAUCAAAACAAUUAUAAGUAUAGCAAGAUUACCACGAGGACGAUUUUCAUCAGCUUGCGUGCGAGGGAGAUUAAGACUAUUGAAAUGAAUAUAAAUAAUGAGUUGAGUUUGCAACAAGGUAAUCAAGAUAAGCUUGAUUGUUCGGACAAAGGAGGGCGUUCAGGUAUGGUAAGUGAAGCAGAAAUUAAAAGGAACGUAGCUACUGGUGGUGAUGGUAGUGGCGCUGUAUCAACGUCAUACAAGACUAAGAUCCACAAAAUUUAUUCGCCAUUGAAGUGUGUUGGCGAUAAGCGGCUAAUUUCCCAUAUAGAAUCAAGUUUGUUUCAAAUUGAUGAAUUGUUUAAAAUUCAACAGCAAUUGCAUAAUGAUAAGAAACAAAUGGAUAGAAAGCAAUUCCAUGAAAAGUUGGUAGGGUUAGUUGCUGAUUUAAUUGAGUGA